GCAGCACUUUCGCCCAAUUAGAGAGCGAAUGAGCAGGGCGCGAGGCAGGAGAACGGAAGUCAGGAUCGCGCACUGGAGGAGGAAGGAGGUGCACGGUUGAGGCUUCUCUUCCCCUCCUGCAGGAACGGGUUGCGCGUGCGCGCUUGCACCUUCUAGUGCUUUCUAGAAAAAGUGGGCGGUGGGGCGGAGCUCGGAGUUGGGGUGUGACGAGAGGGCGGGCCUCUCACGGUUCGGCUGCGCUCCUGAGCGAGUUCGGCAUGUUCGCUAAGGGUCUUCAGAGAGGACGCGGCGAGUCGCGGGCUGACUUCCGAGCCCACGAGCAUAAGCUUGGGGGCCUGAACCUGGGUGGGACGGGCCAAGAGCUUUCCAGGGGCCGUACGGGGAAAAUGACCACCACGGUUUCUGGAGAGAAGCUGCAUCUUGCGCUGCGCCGAUUCCUCCCGUUGCCCAGCGGGGCCGUGUGUGGAUCUGACCGCGAUCAGCAGACGCUUUGCGACCGCAGGACCAAAUAAGGCAACGUGAAGUUACGGGUGCCUCGCGCCUGCCGGUCCGGCGAGACGCCGCCCGCGACCUAGCGGGCUGCGCCCCGCCCCCCCGCGCGGCGCUGCGAGGUGGUUGGCGGGCUCCAGCGUAGCGUGCGCCUCUGCGUGGGCAGUGAUUGGAGGAGCCGAGGUGACUGAUCGCUCCGUCGGCCGCUCGGCGACCCGGCUCGCCAGUUCCGGGCGGAGGCGUCGGUGACCCCCGGGAACCCGUGCUGCUCCCAGAGUUAACAUGGCUGCGGCCGGCGAGCGGCUGGGACGCCGGUGAGGGGAGGACGUGAGGCUUUUCCGAGGCUGAGCCCGCGAUCCCUCAGCGAUGGCGCUCCGCUCGCGGUUCUGGGAGUGCCUGUCGGCUUGCAGAAACCCCGGGAAUUCCCAUUUCUCUCAGACGACUCCUCGGGGGCUGCACAGGUGUGGGGUCGCAGCGCUGUCAACGAGUGCCAAGCCAGCGGCGAAGCCUGAAGCGGACCCUGUGGGAAACGCAGCUGUCGCCCCAGAGUUCACCAACCGGAACCCCCGCAAUCUGGAGCUCCUAGGUGUGGCCAGGAAAGAGCGGGGUUGGGGGACAACCUGGCCCUCCCGGGAGUUCUGGCACAGGUUGCGAGUUAUAAAGACUCAGCAUCACGUAGAAGCACUCGUUGAGCAUCGCAACGGCAAGGUUGUGGUUUCAGCAUCUACUCGGGAAUGGGCUAUUAAAAAGCACCUUUAUAGCACCAGAAAUGUGGUGGCCUGUGAGAGUAUAGGACGAGUGCUGGCAGAGCGAUGCUUAGAGGCAGGGAUCAACUUCAUGGUCUACCAACCCACUCCUUGGGAGGCAGCCUCAGACUCGAUGAAACGACUACAGAAUGCCAUGACAGAAGGCGGUGUGGUGCUGCAGGAGCCUCGGAGAAUCUAUGAAUGAAAUAGCAUUGUUCCAAACGGGGAACUAGGAAGCUGUGAGGUGCUACGUCCUUCAAAAGAGAGCAUCUGGAAGAAGGGCCAGCUGGGAAGUUUUGUACAAUCACGUAACAGUGUGGAACAUUACUGUAGUUAAGGUCAUUCCCUCCUCCCCUUAGGUCUGUUUUCGGGGUUGGGUGGCGGUGGUUAAAUCGAAGGCUAAAUUCUUCCCCUCUCUUGGACAGGAGAGAAUUAUCUGGAAAAGCGGUUGCCAAUUAUAAUUAACUUUCAAAGGACAAGUUAAAUGUUUAUAAGUUAAUGAAUAAAGGCAUAUUAUGAGCA